CCUCCCUUUCCCAGUCCGAAGAUUGCACCGUCCCACGCUUGUAUUACGCACGAGGUCCAAGACUCCUCCGUCUCCCACGGCUGUGAACAUCCAAGGGGGGCUCCGGUUGCGCCGCCCUAGCCAAGGGACAUCUUCGCCCUCGGCUGCCAUCUAUCGGCCACCGGGCGCCCGCUUCGCCCCGGGCCCAUCAUGUCUGCUGCAGCUUGGCUCGCACCAGCGGCGCGACAAUAAACAAGUGCCCCGGACCGGGCCCUGCACCCGCUCCGGAGCAGACGCCCUAGAGACCCGGGUGAUGCUUACCGCGUCGCCACCUCCUCUGCGCCGGGGAGGAAGACGCGACUUUCUCUGAGUUUUUUUUUUUUUUUUUUUUUGAGCCACCGGGCUGCCAGGACACGCCACAGGCGUAGAACGCUGUUCCUACCCCCCAGACUCCCCAAAGGAUGUCGGAGAUAGAGAGUUCCAAAUAAUGACGAUCGUGCGCCGCAUCUGGGGAAGGGAUAGAGAAAAAACCCUGCAAAGACCGUGAGGGAGGAAACGGCCAGAAGGACGCGAGAGCCUUUCAAAUACUAAUUAGGGGCCGCGGCGGCGGCGGGCUCGGCGCGGGGACAGCGGUGGCGGGAUCCCGGCGCGGUGGUCGCCGCCGCACUGGGGGCGAAGACAGUGCAGGAGCUGCAGCCGCCGCCGCCGUAGCAGUCGAGGGGCCGGUGCCACCUCCGCUCGCCCCCUCACUACCAUGUACAGUGUGCGCUGCAAGAAGAAGGCGGGAGAUCCAUGCACACCCACGCGACCCGCUUCCUCCGGCUCGUCCCCGGGCGUGCGCCACUGACCAGGGGGGAAUGUGGUGAAGACGGCGAGGAGGAGAGCCGAGGGGGGAGGGGAGGGCCGGCCGGCCCGCACGAACCCAGGCCCGAGGGCGCGGGGAGCCGGAGGUGGCUGGAGGGGGCGGCGGCCACAGCUGGGUCGGAGAAAGUUGCCCCCUGUGCAGAUGGGAACUGAGGUAAAAUGCACACUUGCUGUCCCCCAGUAACUUUGGAACAGGACCUUCACAGAAAAAUGCAUAGCUGGAUGCUGCAGACUCUAGCAUUUGCUGUAACAUCUCUCGUCCUUUCCUGUGCAGAAACCAUCGAUUAUUAUGGGGAAAUCUGUGACAAUGCAUGUCCUUGUGAGGAAAAGGACGGCAUUUUAACUGUGAGCUGUGAGAACCGUGGGAUCAUCAGUCUCUCUGAAAUUAGCCCUCCUCGUUUUCCAAUCUACCACCUCUUGUUGUCUGGAAACCUUCUGAGCCGUCUCUAUCCCAAUGAGUUUGUCAAUUACACUGGGGCUUCAAUUUUGCAUCUGGGUAGCAAUGUUAUCCAGGACAUUGAGACUGGGGCUUUCCAUGGACUACGGGGUUUGAGGAGAUUGCAUCUGAACAAUAAUAAACUGGAACUUCUGCGAGAUGAUACCUUCCUUGGCUUGGAGAACCUGGAGUACCUACAGGUCGAUUACAAUUACAUCAGCGUCAUUGAACCCAAUGCUUUUGGGAAACUGCAUUUGUUGCAGGUGCUUAUUCUCAAUGACAAUCUCUUGUCCAGUUUACCCAACAAUCUUUUCCGUUUUGUGCCCUUAACGCACUUGGACCUCCGGGGGAACCGGCUGAAACUUCUGCCCUAUGUGGGGCUGUUGCAGCACAUGGAUAAAGUUGUGGAGUUGCAGCUGGAGGAAAACCCCUGGAAUUGUUCCUGUGAGCUGAUCUCUCUCAAGGACUGGUUGGAUAGCAUCUCCUACUCUGCCCUGGUGGGGGAUGUGGUUUGUGAAACGCCCUUCCGCUUACACGGCAGGGACUUAGAUGAGAUAUCCAAGCAGGAACUUUGCCCAAGGAAACUUAUUUCUGACUAUGAGAUGAGGCCCCAGACGCCUUUGAGCACCACGGGGUAUUCCCACACCACCCCGGCCUCAGUGAACUCCGUGGCUACUUCUUCCUCUGCUGUUUACAAACCCCCUUUGAAGCUCCCUAAGGGGACUCGCCAACCCAACAAGCCCAGGGUGCGCCCCACCUCUCGGCAGCCCUCCAAGGACUUGGGCUACAGCAACUAUGGCCCCAGCAUCGCCUACCAGACCAAAUCCCCGGUGCCUUUGGAGUGUCCCACCGCGUGCACUUGCAACCUGCAGAUCUCUGAUCUGGGCCUCAACGUAAACUGCCAGGAGCGAAAGAUUGAGAGCAUCGCUGAGCUGCAGCCUAAGCCCUACAAUCCCAAGAAAAUGUAUCUGACGGAGAACUACAUUGCUGUCGUCCGCAGGACAGACUUCCUGGAGGCCACAGGGCUGGACCUCCUGCACCUGGGGAACAACCGUAUCUCCAUGAUCCAGGACGGCGCUUUUGGGGAUCUCACCAACCUGAGGCGCCUCUACCUGAAUGGCAAUAGGAUCGAGAGGCUGAGCCCAGAGUUAUUCUAUGGCCUUCAGAGCCUGCAGUAUCUCUUCCUCCAGUACAAUCUCAUACGGGAGAUUCAGUCUGGGACUUUCGACCCUGUCCCAAACCUCCAGCUGCUAUUCUUGAAUAACAACCUCCUGCAGGCCAUGCCCUCAGGUGUUUUCUCUGGCCUGACCCUUCUCAGGCUAAACCUGAGGAGUAACCACUUUGCCUCCUUGCCGGUGAGUGGAGUUUUGGACCAGCUGAAGUCGCUCAUCCAAAUCGACCUGCAUGACAACCCUUGGGAUUGUACCUGCGACGUGGUGGGCAUGAAGCUGUGGGUUGAGCAACUCAAAGUGGGCGUCCUGGUGGACGAGGUGAUCUGCAAGGCGCCGAAGAAAUUCGCUGAGACCGACAUGCGCUCCAUCAAGUCCGAGCUGCUGUGCCCAGACUAUUCGGAUGUGGUGGUUCCCACGCCCACGCCCUCCUCCAUCCAGGUUCCUGCGAGGACCAGCGCUGUGACUCCUGCCGUCAGGUUGAACAGCACCGGGGCUCCUGCGGGUUUGGGGGCAGGCGGAGGCGCGUCGUCGGUGCCCUUGUCGGUGUUAAUCCUCAGCCUACUGCUGGUUUUUAUCAUGUCCGUCUUCGUGGCCGCUGGGCUCUUCGUGCUGGUCAUGAAGCGCAGGAAGAAGAACCAGAGCGACCACACCAGCGCCAACAACUCGGACGUGAGCUCCUUCAACAUGCAGUACAGCGUGUACGGCGGCGGCGGCGGCGGCGGAGCAGGCGGCCACCCGCACGCGCACGUGCACCACCGCGGGCCCGCGCUGCCCAAGGUGAAGACGCCGGCGGGCCACGUAUACGAGUACAUCCCCCAUCCGCUGGGCCACAUGUGCAAAAACCCCAUCUACCGCUCCCGAGAGGGCAACUCCGUGGAGGAUUACAAAGACCUCCACGAGCUCAAGGUCACCUACAGCAGCAACCACCACCUGCAGCAGCAGCAGCCGCCGCCGCCGCCGCCGCCGCAGCCCCAGCAGCAGCCCCCGCCGCAGCUGCAGCUGCAGCAGGGGGAGGAGGAGAGGCGGGAAAGCCACCACUUGCGCAGCCCCGCCUACAGCGUCAGCACCAUCGAGCCCCGGGAGGACCUGCUGUCGCCGGUGCAGGACGCCGACCGAUUUUACAGGGGCAUUUUAGAACCAGACAAACACUGCUCCACCACCCCGGCCGGCAGUAGUCUCCCGGAAUAUCCCAAAUUCCCGUGCAGCCCCGCUGCUUACACUUUCUCCCCCAACUAUGACCUGAGGCGCCCCCAUCAGUAUUUGCACCCGGGGGCAGGGGACAGCAGGCUGCGGGAACCGGUGCUCUACAGCCCCCCGAGUGCUGUCUUUGUAGAACCCAACCGGAACGAGUAUCUGGAGUUAAAAGCAAAACUAAACGUUGAGCCGGACUACCUCGAAGUGCUGGAAAAACAGACCACAUUUAGCCAGUUCUAAAAGCAAAGAAACUCCCUUGGAGCUUUUGCACUUAAAACAAGCAAGCAAGCAAACACACACGGUGAACACACUUGAUUAAUUGUGUUGUUUCAACGUUUAGGGUGAAGUGCCUUGGCACGGGAUUUCCCAGCUUCGGGCGGAAGAUACGGAAAGGGUGUGCAAUUUCCUUUUAAUUUUACACGUGGGAAACAUUUGCGUAAACUGGGCACAUCACUUUCUCUUCUUGCGUGUGGGGGAGGAGAGGAGAAGGGCUUUACGGAGGGCAGUUUGCUGCGCGGGUGACUUGUUAAAGGUCGCAGUCAUUUUUUGUAGAUGUUGAAAGUGCUAAGAAUGGUGAAAGAUGGCAGCGCAUAGAUUCUAUUCUUCCUUCAUUUUACUCCCUUCCACCUCCCCUUCUCCUUCUUUAAGCCAUGGGUGCGUCUAAAUGGCUUUUGUGGAGAGACUAGCACACCCCAACUUUAAUAGGAAGUUUGUUCUCUUUCACCCUUCCCCUCCCCCUUGGCUUCCCUCCCUUCCUCCCUUCUCAUUCCUUUCCUUUGUUUUUAAAGGAUGUGUUUGUAUGCAUUCUGGACAUUUGAAUUAAAAAAAAAAAAAGUAUUGUGAUCUUGAAAAGGAUCACCAUAGAUGUGGACAAAUCAUUAAAAAUUACAGAGCUAUAUGAUCCAUAAUUGAUUAGUCAAAAUAACUUAUUGAUGAAAUAUACAAAUAUUUUAUUGUAGCACCUAUUUUUAUAUGCACAUUUAGCAUUCCUCUUUCUUCACUAUUUAGCCUAUGAUUUCGCAGAGGUGUCGCACUGUAUUAGGAGCUGCAUUUCCAAAACUGAAGUGAUAUUAGGAAGACAUUUUAAAUCAUUAAAAAUGUGGAGUACUUAAUGGCAAAAUCUUUGUAAGUUGAUGCAACCCACCCAAUUGGAUCUGUAAUUUAAAAAAAAAAAAAGCUGAUAGUAUCCCAAUGUAUAAAAAUAGGGCAAUUAAUUGGGCCAUGUGAGUGAGAAUUGUGUGCAAGUUUUUGGUUUCAUUAGCGAAGAUUUAACAGUAUUUUUAUUAGUGAACCAAAAUUAUAUAUUGAUUUGACUACUAUUGUAGCCAAUUUUCCAUUAUUAAACCAAACCCAGUUGCGUUUGUACAGAUCCACAUGUACUGGCACCUCAGAAGACCAAAUGAUGGACUGAACAAGUCUCUAUACAAUGUCUUUCUUUAUUCCUGUGGGCAGCAAGCAAUGAUGAUAACCACAACCAGGAUCUCUGUAAGAUGGGGCUACUGUUGUUACAGUCUCAUAUGUAUCCCAGCACAUGUAAUUUUUUAAAUAGUUUCUGAAUAAACACUUGAUAACUAUGUCAAA